AUGGUUCAUGUCUGUCUAGAAAGACACAACCAAGACAAGGAUCCCAAGGUGGAGUUCGUUGAAGUUGUGAGAGGUCAUUAUCAGGGAGGACCAAGAUCCAAGUCAUACAUUACUUUUAUGGCCAGGGAGAAGCCGAAUGGGCCCCUUGUUGAGUAUCAAGCCAAGGCUAUGGCUACUCUUGAUGGUAAGAGACACCCCAUCCUCUGCAGACCCACUCCUACACCAAACCCGUAG